CACAGUUUUAUGAAUUACCUUUUACUUACUGUUUAAAUGUCAUGUGUCUGCAAGCUCACAAUCAGAGAGGCUUGAUAAACAUUUCCUGGAAAAUGAAACUAUUUUACUCAUUCUAAGUAACAAAUAUUUCAUUUAAAUCUGGAAACGGUUACAUUAAAGUUGAAAUGUGCGAUGGGCACGGCAACACAAUUGGCCUCCUCAUGCUCAAAUUGUAUUGAGGAAACAAGCACCCAGCAUCAUCGUUAAUAGUUUGAGGGGAGAAAACACUGAAGUGCACUUUUUCCUGUAUUAUCAGACAUUUAUAAUGUCUAAUGAAAAACUUCAAUCUAUGUAAAUACAUUCCUAUCAUGCACAGCAACAAACAGUAUUUUGUAAAGUGUGCCAAAGUGUGUAUGUCUAACAAUGUUGCAACAGUAAAGACUUACUAUGAUGCAUUUCCAUAUUCAAACUGUUUUAGAAGGGCUGCAGGCAGAUAAUGUAAGACAAUACUUUUCAGGUAGUCUAAUCAGUGUUUUUCUAAAAAGGCUGAGUGUAGUGAAAUGUGAUUUUCCCAUUUUCAUUUGAAGAUAUUUCUGCGUUAUGAAGCUAAAUAAUACACAUUUUGAACUAUAAUUUGCCUUUGUAAGAUCUGUUCAGAAAGUUUUUUUUAUAGCUAUGGGCAUUGUUCUUUUUACCUACUUAAAGUAGGGAAUGUCUAACUUGUUGUAAAUAGCUUAUGUUUGCAUGAUUAGUUACAACAUGGAGAGAACUGUGUGGAAGUUGAACGGUCUUGGUCUUUCGUGUAAAAGUGGCAGGUGGUGUAGAAUAGCAGGAUUACCACUGCUAGUCAUUGCAAAGCUUGUGGGUAUCCCAGAGCAAGUCACUCUGAUUUUUUGUUUCUGGUCAAGGUGAGGGAAAUUCUCAGAGCAGAGUUCUGUUCCACUUGCCACAGACACCCUGUCCAGAAAAAAGAAAUCUAAAUUUGAUCCUUGUGCAAAAAAUAUAAUAAUAGGGACGGCGUGCAGUGCGAUACGCAGGACAGCAAAGCAAAAUUUAGUUCGUGAUACAGUAACCGACGAAGACCAGAUGAAAAAUGUACUUUGCACCGUGGACUUUUAUUGUUAAAUGAAUAACCCGGAAGUUAAUUUGCCGUGGUCCUGCAACACAUGGGUUUACAUUGCUGGGGUUUGCAAUGAGUGAUGCAUUCAGCACUAACAGUGAGCUGGUUAUUAAGCGCGUGCUGGACGUGACAGCAGAUAAGAAUGUCCACUCUGGAGAUCUGGAGGAGCUCUAUCAGAUCAAGGACACAUGCCACUUCAUUAAUUCCCAUCAGUUUAAAAAGGUUGCCUUGCAAUUCCCAGACGAGUUGCUGGUUGAUUCAGUAGCAGUUGCUGCCGAGACAGAGAAGCGAACCAAAGCUAAACUAUUCAUCCUGGGAGACACAUCCUAUGGCAGUUGCUGUGUGGAUGAAGUUGCAGCGGAACAUGUGGGCGCGGACUGCAUCGUGCACUAUGGGAGGGCUUGCCUUAGCCCAUCGGGAAGGCUUCCUCUGAUGUACGUGUUUGAGCGGAGACCAGUGGACCUAGAGACGUGUGCCGCCUCCUUCAGACAGCUCUACCCCGACAGACAGACUCACGUCAUCCUCUUGUACGAUGUCAACUAUGCUCAUAUUAUUGAUGAUCUUUUGCUGUCGCUGAUCCCGGAGUAUCCAAACAUUGCUUCCUCAACCCUUAAUGUGGAUGGAGAACUUUGUUACAGUCAUGGGCAGACGCAUGAACAGCACAAGGACAGCGGCUCUCAGUGUCAAAACGGGAAUCGAAUCAUUCACCAGUUUGGCAGGAAGUUUGUCUUGAGAAGUGGACUGAGCAUUGAGGACCACAGUGUGUUCUUCAUUGGCCGCGAGGGUGCCGCCUUGACGAAUUUCAUGAUGACUUGGAACCGCUGCUCUUUCUGCUCUUUUGACCCGGCAACAACUACAGGGCGUGCCGAAUCGAUCAGUAUCAACAAAGCUUUAAUGAAGCGAUAUUAUGCCAUAGAGAGGGCAAAGGAUGCCAGUGUUGUAGGCAUUCUUGUGGGAACGCUGGGUGUGGCAAACUACCUCAGUAUCAUCGAGCAACUGAAAGAAACCAUCCACAGAGCUGGAAAAAAGAGCUACAUGUUUUCAAUGGGAAAACUGAAUGUGGCCAAACUGGCUAACUUUCCUGAGAUAGACAUUUUUGUGCUGAUCGCUUGUCCUGAGAACUCGCUCUUAGACUCCAGCGAGUUCUACAAACCGGUCGUGACCCCCUUUGAAAUGGAAGUGGCCUGCAACAAGAACAGGGAAUGGUCGGGGGAGUAUGUAACAGACUUCCGUGAUCUGCUUCCAGGUGGAUCCAAGCAUGUGGCUUUGGCGAAUCCUGAAGACCUCAAGGACGGAGAUGAGACGGAUGUCUCCCUCAUCACCGGAGCUCUCCGAAUCACCAGCCUCUCAUCCAGUGAGCCGGUGACUUCCUCAUGCGACUCCUCGCUCGUCUUACGGAACCAGACAUUCACAGUGGCCAACCCUAACACGGCAGCCACAUUUCUGUCAGGUCGUAGUUGGCAGGGAUUAGAGCAGAAGCUGGGAGAAACGCCUGUGGUGAAAGCUGUAAAGGGAAGGAAAGGCAUUGCCAUUGCCUACGAAGAGGAGCCGGCGACUGACCGGGACCAAUCAUCCUGAAGGCAUUAAAUCCAGCUCAUUACUCCUCAUUGCUAUUCUUAACGCAUAAUAUAAUUUAAAUUAUAUUAUAUUGCUUCAUAGUUCAACAGAUCUCAAUUUGAGCAAUCAGUCUUUUGGGCUCAUUAAAGAGCUUAGCAGGGUUAUUGCAUAACUAGGCUAUAUCUGAUACAUUAGCAUAGCAUUCAUGACUAAUACAAGCACAACCUUUGUUAACAGCUACACAGAUGGAGACAAUUGAGAAGAACAAACAAUAUUUUCCUUUCAGAUAUGAGCACCUCAAGGACCUGGAUUUUAAUGUAAAAAUCCAUCGAGUGGUCACUCAGCAUAUAUAUUUUU